CGAUUGAGUAUUCGAACCUCAUUUUCUCAAAAUAUAGUUUCUUCUACAACGAGAGAGGUUUUAGGCAUGUCUUCUAUCAGGCAACAGUGUACGUGAUGUGAAAAUGAGAAUGUGUCGACACGCUCGUGGCUGCCUGCAAGCACGAAGCCGACACGUCCGCGCACGUCGUCUCAAAGUGUUUUCAAUGUUUUGGCCUUGACCACAACACAACGAACAAUAUUUUGCGAAUGAUUCUGGCUUAACACUCGACUAGAUUCUCGGAAUGGCACAAAAAGAGGCAACCGUCUACAUUGUAGAUGUUGGCAAGUCCAUGGGCCAAAAGCACAAUGGGCGAGAAAUCACCGACCUAGACUGGGCGUUGACAUAUGUCUGGGACAAGAUCACAACGACUGUAUCCACUGAACGUAAAACAGCCAAUCUGGCAGUUGUCGGGUUGCGGACUGAUGGGACUUUGAACGCUCUGGACCUUCCCGACGAAGACGGAAACCUUCAAGGAAAUGGAUACCAGAACAUAACCGUCCUGAAAGAGCUUGGACAAGCACUGAUGCCGGAUGUGCGACGUCUUAAGCAGCAGCUUAUACCCAGUGAGACCGAUGCUGGUGAUGCCAUUUCGGCUCUGAUUAUAGCCAUUCACAUGAUCGCGACACUUACCACAGGCAAAGAGGGCAAACCACUGGCAUACACACGAAGAAUCGUCCUCGUGACGAAUGGGACCGGUAGCACAGCAUCUGAGGAUCUUGACAGAGAUCUGGCAGAAAUCGUCGACAAGUGCAAGAAGGAGGGCAUUGAGCUGGUCAUCUUAGGAGUUGACUUUGACGAUCCGGAAUACGGUUUCAAGGAGGAAGACAAGGAUCCGAUCAAGGCCGAGAAUGAAAAGCUCUUCAAGGAACUCGUGGAUGGAUGCCAUGGCUUAUACGGUACGCUCGGCUUCGCAAUCGAUGAGAUGGUUAUUCCGCGCAUGAAAACGGUACGACCUGUACACUCUUACAAAGGCUACCUCACCUUGGGCGAUCCGGAGAAUUAUGAUUCCGCAAUGGCCAUCGAUGUCGAACGAUACCCUCGAGUCAUGGUUGCAAAACCACCUUCCGCAAGUCAGUUCGUUGUCAGACCAAACGUGGCCGCCGGAGAGACACAGUCACAAUUCGCGCCGUCCGAUGAAGACCCCAAGCCCAACGACCUCGCCGCUGUCAAGAAUGCUCGCACGUAUCAGGUUCCUGAUGAGGAAGCACCGGGCGGUAAGCGCGAGGUUGAACAAGACGAGCUGGCUCGAGGCUUCAGUUACGGCAGCACUGUCGUCCCAAUUGAGGAGGCUGACAAGAACGUGACCGACUUCGAAAGCAAACAAGGCAUCGACAUCAUCGGCUUUGUCGUCAAAGAACAGUACGAAAGAUAUCUGGACAUGUCAAAGACCCAUGUCGUGGUCGCCCAAAGAACUAAUGAGAAGGCUAUCAUGGCGUUGUCAUCGUUCAUCCAUGCUCUGUACGAGCUCGACACAUAUGCCGUGGCACGUUUGGUGUCCAAGGACGGCAAGAGCCCUACCAUGAUCCUACUCGCGCCAUCCGUUGAUGCUGAUGUCGAGUGUCUUUUUGAAGUGGAGCUACCCUUUGCAGAAGACCUACGCUCCUACAGAUUUCCUGCCCUAGACAAGAUCGUCACUGUUUCUGGUAAAGAACUCAAGCAGCAUCGCUUCCUUCCCAGCGAUGACUUGGUUGAUACCAUGAGCGACUAUGUAGACGCCAUGGACCUGUCCAUCUUCGGAGCAGAUGAAGAAGGCAAACCAGCCGAAUAUGCACCUAUCGAAGACACAUUCUCACCAGCCGUACAUCGUAUUGGCCAAGUGAUCCGACACCGAGCGAUGAACCCGGAUGAAAACUUGCCGCCCAUCUCGGAGAUUCUGGUCAAGUACUCCAAACCGCCACAAGAGUUGGUAGACGGCGCAAAAGACUCUCUGAAGGCAGUCACGAAAGCUGCAGACGUGAAGAAAGUGCCACCAAAGUCCAAGUCACGAAAAGGACGCCGCGAUGCAGCAAAGCCACUCUCCGGCCUCGAUGUCACAGCGCUUCUCUCAGCCAAAGGUCGCAAACCUAAGAUUUCACCUCAAAACGCCAUCCCAGAGUUCAAACAAAUCCUCGACGAUGCCGAUCACGAAGAAACACAAUCGGCAUUCCUUCAACUCGGCAGGAUCAUCAGUAACUUCAUCAGAAAUUCUGUUGGCGAGUCUGGAUAUGGUCGUGCGCUUGAAGCUAUUAGGGUCAUGAGGGAGGAAGCUAUUGAUCUGGAAAAGGCGGGCUUCUUUAAUGAGUUUAUGGGUUCUUUGAAGAAGGAUAUCUUGACUGGAGAGCUUGAUGGCGAUAGGAAGGAUAUGUGGUUUAUGAUCAGAGCGAAUCGCAUGGGACUUAUUCAGGCAAAAGAGUGCGGUGAGACUGGAAAGGAAGGCACAGUUGGAGAGGAUGAGGCUAAGGAGUUCUUGUCAGCUAGACUGAGCGUUUAGGCUAAUAGCCAGGCGUAGCUGAGCUUGUUGCUGGAGAGGAGGUAUACUGAUGGUGUAGUCGCUGUGUUGCUACAACACCGAGCAGUUGUCAUCACAUUUCGAAACGCGAGUAGUUCGACAACAAAGAUCUUAGUUGUUGCCACAGCUUCAAGCAAGAGAAGCGACUCUCAAAAAUCGACAAUCAAUUCUCUUGUAGACAAGCAUGUUCCAUGAGAA